AUGAGGCGGGAUAUAAUAAAUCAUAAAGCUGAAAUAGAGCGGGAGGCUAGUUUAUCCGAGCUUACAAACGAGUGGUGCAAGAAUUUGAUCGGUAAUCUCAGCUCGAACCAUAGCGAUGCGGGAGAUUUUGCUGAAAGUUUCGGAGCGGAUGAGAAUAAUUCUUCAUCCUUAUCUGAAAGAGCAUUAGAUGAAGAAUUAUUAUCCUUAUCUAAUGCUCUUUCAGAAGAGAAUAAUAAUACUUUUGAUGCUCCAAUAGAAGUAGGGACACAGAAUUCUCAGCGGAAAAUUAAUAGGAAAAGGAAAGAUGUACCAUCCUAA